AUGAAAUGGUAUAUACAAGGGUUGGUGUUUGGAUACCUCAGUGCCCCCCAAAGAACUGGGAGACUAGGUCGUGGUCUGGAGAUGGGAGACGGCCAUCAGGAGCACUCCAUGCAACUGGGUUGCCUCUUGGGCUCACUCGAUCGAGCUUGUGGUUGUCCUCCUAUUCCUGUGAUUGGGGUUGUUAAGGCGAGCGCCACAGGAUCGAUGAUGUUCCUUGUUGCGGCUCCUCCUACGAGAUCCGCCUGUAUUCCCGUUGGCGUUCGUUGCUCCCCGGUUGGAUUGCCUCAUGGCGGGAUGACUCCCUCUAGGUUCGCUGCUUCGUUCCCGGACAUCUAUUUGGAUCUUGAGUGUUUUUGA